AAUAGUGUAUUUUUCUUUGAAUUAAUUUAACAUAUAAUUUCAAAAAAAAAAUGCCUCUCUCCAAUAACUCUUCCGGCAAUCUCGUCGUGGCUGUUGCUCUCCUCUUUGCCGGCGCUCUAUAUAUCUGCUUCUCCUCACGUUUGAUCUCUGAUCCUGUCUCCGGCCUCCAACACAAUUUUAACAUUCUGAGAACGAUAAAGUUUCCAGUGGACGACCUAGAGGUGGCGCUGGACAGUGCAGCAAUAGGAAACAACAAGACGGUGAUUAUAACGAUGGUGAACAAAGCGUACGUGGAGGAGGUUGUAGGAGGGAGGACGAUGCUGGAUCUGUUCCUGGAGAGUUUCUGGGAAGGAGAGGGUACCAUGCCAUUGCUGGACCAUCUGAUGGUGGUUGCAGCGGAUCAGACGGCCUAUGAUCGCUGUCGUUUCAGGAGGCUCCAUUGCUACAAGAUGGAGACGGAGGGAAUUGACUUGGAGGGAGAGAAAGUAUAUAUGUCAGAUGAUUUCAUUGAGAUGAUGUGGAGGAGAACUCGAUUGCUCCUAGAAGUUCUCCGCCGUGGCUACCAUCUCCUUUUCACGGACACGGACGUGAUGUGGCUAAGGAACCCCUUCUCUCGGCUAAGCAACAACGGGACCUUGGAUAUGCAGAUAAGCGUGGACAGCGGCAUAGGAGGACACUUGAUAAACACUGGCUUCUACCACGUCCGUUCCAACAACAGGACCAUCUCUCUUUUCCAGAAAUGGUACGACAUGAGACUCAACUCGACAGGCAUGAAAGAACAAGACGUCCUCAAGAAUCUCCUCGACUCGGGUUUAUUCAACCAGCUUUGUCUCACCGUUGGCUUCCUCAACACCACACACUUCAGCGGUUUCUGCCAAGAUAGCCCUGACAUGGGUGCUGUCACCACCGUCCACGCCAACUGCUGCCGUCACAUCUCUGCCAAAGUCUUUGAUCUCACUCUUGUUCUUCACGACUGGAAACGCUACAAAGCCUCACAUGUCAACACCAUAUGGAGCCCCCAUGCUAAGUGCUGGGGUUCAUGGAAUGAUACCCAAUAUACCCCCAAAACCUGAGCUUCUUGCCGUUUUAUGGUGAUGAGAUUGCGUCUACAUACGUACACACAACACAAUUAAAUUACUUACCGUUGUUUAGAAGAACGUUGUUUAGAAGAACGUUGUUUAUCACCUAGCUAUUGGUUAUAACUACGGUAGAAGUUCUAUAAAUUAAUAAUAGAUAAAUUAAUA